CUAGUUUCGAUGGUUAACCGUUUCGACACGCUUUCACUUUUCACGAUGAUCCCUUCCUCAUAUUUUUGACGGAAUAAUGCCUCAUUCCAAAUGACAUUUUCCCUGAAAAACAUCGACGAUGCAGGAUUUGGGCUUCGGGAAGGCUCGAAGUUGGAGAGUUUUCUUAACCGGAAAUCAGUUGCCGACCAUCUCGAAACCAACAACGAGUUAGUGAACGUUUGGGGAAGCUGUGGUCAUGUCUUUGUCGCUACUAACGCUGGCCGAAACUUGCACGCUUUUGAAUCCAUUCCUCGAGCUAAGUGGACACCGGAGAGUGAAAGUCUUCUUUUACAAGGUUAGGGGGUUGAAAAGUUCUUUGUAGACAACGCGUGGUAUCAUGCCACUAUGGGAUGUGGCAAUGUCAUUUUUAUUUGAAGUAUUCGUUCGAAGUUGUGUAUUUUAUAAGGCCACCUUGGGUCCUGUACGUUAAUUUUGACACCAGGAACGUGUUGUAUUUCUUCCGAUCGUGAAACUGGAGAGGAAUGAAACAUUUUCUUUUCUUUAUUUUGAAACAAUUUCAAAUGAACUCUUUAAAUUCUCCUCCAUCCAAGAAAAAUACAACAGAGAAACCAACAAAACUUUCGUUAGGGUUGUAUGAGCUAUCUCUCGGAGUCAGUGCGGGUCACUUCUCUGACAUGUCAACUCGCCAACAGCCAGCUCACUGACAUCAUCAGUCAACUUGCUGAUAGUCAUCUUUGGUCAACUUGCCGACAUACUUAAUUUUAACUUUGUUUUCAAAGGGGACAUAAACAGCGCUUUGAACAGCUUUGAGCCAAAAAAUGGUAACAAAAAUUAGUGUUGGCAAGUUGAUUAGUGGUGUCAGAGAGUUGACUAAAGGUGUUGGCGAGUUGAGUUAUGGUGUCAGCAUGUUGGUUGUCAGGGUGAUGAAAUAUCAGCAAAGUGACCAGUAACCAUGGAGUCUUAUCAGAGGAAUGUUUCCAAUGAUUAACAGUUCUCCACCCAAAUGGAAAAUGUGUUUUAUAGACCUGUAGCUAAGAAUUUUAUGUCUAAAUGUAUGGAAAAGGUGACUCAAACUGUCAUUUAGAGUGUUCCAAUAUUUUUAUCUCAUCAUGCAAAGUUGAUUAGUAGUUAAUUAGGAGCAACACCAAAUCAUACCUAAGUGCUGCAAACUGGUUUUGUGCUUUUGCAUGCAAAUUUCAGCACAAAGAACAUACAUGCAGAUAGUUGCCAUGAUUGCAGCCACUAUGUGCAUACAUGUGGGUUUUUCAAUCCCUAUACUCUCCUCCAGACCACUCAGUUGGGCUUACUGCAGUCCCAAUUUCCACCUCUAUUAAAUUUUUCUGGAAGUGGAUCUUAGAUCGUGUUUGAGGGAGGAUUAAGGUUCUUUUCCCAAACAGCAGCUGAUAAUUUAGCCCAGGCUUACUGUGCCACACAAUCCCUUCCCCCUUCCAGGAGAGAGCAUAAUGCUAUAAGGUCACUAUAAAUGAGCCAUGUUGGGGUUCCAGUCUGAAAAAAUCACUGGUUUGAAAAACAAAACCAAGGACAAGUUUGAAUCCAAAGACAUAAAGACCUAUCCACUUUACCAGUUAAACCUCAGGAGUGACCAGCAUUAAAUUUCUCCUCACAAUAAUACUGCUGAAUCCUAGUCCCUCUUGAUUGAAUUAUUUAAGAAAAAUUUUUUUUUAUUAUUUUAUUUGAUAGACCAAGAAUCUCCCAUCAUAAGUGUGCUGUCUAGCAAUGAAAGUCCAUCCCUUAUAUUUAUCAUUCACCAAAACAGCAUCACAGAAUGUUGGGAAUUCACUCAGUCAAAUUACAAAUGGAUGAAGAAGAAUGAAUUUCAAUUGAGUAACACGAAGGGAGUCGAGAUAUUUCAAGUUGUACUUCAUCCUCUCGUAAACUCUUUCUUCUGGUGUGAAAGGCGAUCUGUCUCUGCAUCAAAUUUAAUCAGCUGUUGUGUCUGUGUGAGACAGGUGAUCAUUUCUGAGAGGCUUGGAAACAAUACUGUAGUGUCUGUCGGCCCAUUGGUGGCUAUUCUUCAUGGAUGUCCUCCUAUGUCACUUCAUGUCAUUAGCCGAAGUGUUUGCCUUGUUCCUGAUUUUCCAGAGGAAUUGAGAUGUUUUGUACUCUUUUGGACAUUUGUUCAGAGAUCCUUAAAGGUUUGUUAACUAAGCUUAUCUAUCAAUUGACAUUUUUCUUAAGUGUGGGACACAAAAAAAUCUGAGUUCCUCGUAAAGAUUUAAAGCGUGUUGGUUUUAGUUUGUAGGCUUAAGCUCUAUGUAUUAAGCAGAUCCUCUAACACCAACAUAUUAUUUCUCCAUGAGGUAUCAUUGCCCAAUCAAAUAUCUAGGUCAUGAGAAUAAAAGAAAUGAUCACCAACCAAAAAACUCCUGAUUGUUUAACAAAUUCUCCUUGUACCAUAGAUAACUUAUAGAGAACACUAUGGAGAAUUCACAUACUGGUGUUAUUGAAAUCAUACUAAUUUUGUGUUUUUUUUAUGGUAGAUUUACAUAUGGAAUUAUGGUUUUGUUGGAGAUGUAGAUAAAUUUGACUUUAAGGCAAUAGUUGCAGAAUUACUUUGCCCAUGGACCUCAAGCACAAAGGAUAACUUACAUCAUCUGGUUGCGGUCACAUCUCAUCCUACAACAAAUGAACUUCUUGUAAUUGACAGUGGUUUGGAGUUAUUACUUGUCAAGCUUCAAGACAGUGGUCCAGUUGUAACUUCCCUUGUUAGACUCCAAACAGAUUCUUUGAUUUUUCAUAGUGACAAAAUUUUACAUCUCUUUGCUUUUGGUCUCAUUGUCGGUGUUGUGUGGUUUUCUGGUAAACUUUCACUUUAUGAUGUUGGUUGUGGAGCUGAAAUAUGUGCACUUGAAGACUUGAAAGGACAGAAAGUCCAUGUUUGGAAAUGCUCUCACUUGGUUAAUUCCAUUGGAUUUUGGUCAGUCAAUGGAAUUUGGAAGCUUCAAUCUGGAACAGUACUUGAAAUUGCAGAUUGCAUCAAGUCCUCUGUUAAUUCAUCACAAUGUGCAAGUGGAGAAAACAAUUCCUUUGUGACUCAACAAGAGUCAAAUGAAUCUUUAUGCAGUAAUGAUCCAAGCAAAAGUUUCUUCAUAGCAGAUGAUUCAUUGCUAAAAACUGAAUUGGACACUUCAUCAGAAAAUUUUUUGAUUCCUGAAAUAGCGAAAGAUCAACAGAAAUGUGAGAGAUCAUCAGUUGGUUCUGGACAAUCUAAGCACAUUGGUGAAGAAGGUUUUUCUGGUCCUCUUUUUGCAGUGAGUCAUUUGACUAAGUGGAACUUAACUUACAGGGCAGCCAAGCUGGCACUGGACUCAAUUGUUUGCUCAGGAAUCCUUUCAGGUUCUCCUGUGGCAUUUAGUGAGAUCCCUGAAGCUUUUCUCCAUUUGUUGGUCAGUUCCCAUUCUCAGGGCCCUGCAAUUGCUCUUCUGUUGCUCUGGGAGCAUCCUGUACACAGAGAAUUUGUUCUGCUAGAACUUGAACAAUACAUGAAUGAUCUAGGCAUGGACAAACGUCAGCCAAAAAAGACACUUUUGAAUGAGUUGUUGCAUCCAUAUAUGAGUGAAUUUCUCCUACUCAAUAAACAGUGUAAGUCGGUAAAUGACCCCAGUGUCAUGGAAAUAAUGCAGUCACCCACCCUACCUACAAACUCUGUUACACAGGAGAUAUUCAGCUUGCUGGAGACAUUUGACAGCAGUCCUCUUGAAAUGGUGCCACUUGAAAGGCUUAGCACAUUAAGUCGUCAGCAUUCACACAAGGUUCUUGAGCAUGUGGCAGAUUAUUUGAAGAUUGAUUUUGAGGAGGAUGAAUUCACAGAAAGUCAGUGGCAGCAACGAUGGAGAAAAAUAUACAGGUUUGUAACAGUCAUAUACAAUAGAAAUCUUUCUUACUGUUAGCAAUGAUCUUUAACAUAACAACACCAAGACUUUAAAGCCAGCUCUUCUAGUGAAUGACAACAGGCAUAUGUACUAGUACCUCUCUCAACAUUUUUUCGUUCUUUUCGAUUGCCUCCAUGACGUAUUUAAUACAUUAAAAGUUAGAGAGUAACAGUCAAAUCUAUGGGACUGGAGAUGUAAAAUACACUGACCUCUAAAACUCAAAACAAGUUAAAAAUUGGAAAAAAUAUAAAUCCAUUUGCAUUGGCACAGGACUUCUCAGAGGAGUUGGAAGUUAAGGGGUUGAUUAGGUGGAUUUUCUUCACAUUCACACAUUCACUUAAACAUUUGACCCUAAGAGUGAUAGAAAUCUUAUUUCUCCUUUCAAUACCACCCCUGAAUCCCAUAUUAAUGCCGCUAGAAUAAGGGAAAUGAUCACCAACUUAAGAAGCUCUUGAUUGUUAAAUGAAUUCUCCAUGUCAGCACCAUAGGAAAUCUAUAGAUUAUUAUGGAGAAUAAGCUAACUGAUGUUAGGAUGAGAAGGGUUAAUGACACAUUUUGUAUUAAUCUUACCAGGAUGUCACCCCUAAGCAAUAUUUUUGUCAAAUUUUCCCGCAAAUUUUUUUUAGUGUAAAUGUAAGACAAGGUGUACAAAAUGGAUCAUUCUGUUGUUUUUAAUAUGAGGAGUCUGGAGUAGAUAGACAGUAGAAUGACUUCUAGAAAUGUCUCUUUUAGAAUUGACUGGAGAAGCGGUAGAUGGCAGAGAAGUAAAUUAGCUCUCAAGGACCCAUAUAAUGCAAUGUUGAACAUUCUUCUACGGAUGUUUUACGAGUCAAAAUCUAAUUGGUUGGUGAAAUCAGUGGAGAAGGGAAUUGGGACAAUACGGAUGGAAGAAUCAGAUGACAGAUCAGAGGUUUGAAAUUUUCAUAAGGGUUUAUUAUUGUGUCUUCUUGAACUGGUAUCAGGCCCAUUGAUAAUUAUAUUCGUUAUAGCAUUAGAGCCAUGCAAUCAAGGUCUGAGAAUUUCUUUGCUGUGUUUUUUCAUUUCAAUUUAAUUUUUCAGUUAGUUUAACAAACAUUUGUGGUUGUUGUUGUUUUUUUGAUGUUUUUUUUUGUGACUUCAAUUUUCUAAAAGAAAGUAAAUCUAUAAAUCUAUAGAAAUGGGGGGGGGUGGAGCUUGAAAUGAGCUGUCAUUCAAUUUCAGUUUAUUUUUUAAGACCAAGUACAGAGUAUAGCAACUCUAAAUGCAAUCCUACAGGACUGCAACAUCAAGAGCAAUCCAAGAAGACAACAAUGCUAAAUGCAAUCCUAAAAUACUGCUCUGAAUUGACAAUUUCUCUAAACAUCAAAACACCAAACUACUGUAGAUCUACAUCACGCCUAUUUUUUUGAAUCGUGUUCCGGUUUACCUUGGUCCUAUUUUAACUAUUAACACUUUCCUUUUGCUGUUUUCUAGGAGUUUGUCACCCAGUCUGUGUUGGAGUGUCUUCCUGUUUUAAGUAUGAGGCACACCAAUGCCAAGUCAGUCUUGGCACACUCUCAGCUGUGUUACUCAGCUGGGCAAGAGAUACAAGCUCUGCAUUUACUUCUAAGUCACCAAAUGUGGAAAGAAGCCAUUGACUUUAUUUCUCAUUGUGGAGAGGGUAGUGAAAAUCCAAUGUUACUUUUUAUCAUGUUGAUAAAGGGCCUUCAGAGCAGGAAGGCACCUAGUAAGAUGCUAAUAGAUGCCCUCAAUUUAAAGCCCAAGGAUUUGAGCACUGAUGAGAUUCUGGCAGUACUGAAGGAUCAAGCCAUUCAAACUAAGGAACCUUUUGCAAAGGGUGUAGGACGGACAACUGUGGGUGAAAUGAGGCCUUUUCUCGAUGCCCUCUUUUCUUAUGAGUUGUGAAACCAUAGUUUUCCAUAUAAGAUAUCAAACUCAGCAAAAUAUCACAGAUAUUGCAUUAAUGUUUCAGCCUUUUCACUCCCAAAAUCUCCUUCCUGUUUUUCAUACAACUCCUAUGAAGUGAGUUUAGAGAGUCUGGUCUUGGAUCAACUAAUAAUCCCCUAAUUGACAUUUUUCUUUAUUCUCAUUACUUGUCUGCUUGAUAUUCUAUUUAUAUUGUAAUGAGAAAAUUAUGUCUUGAUCACUCAUGGGAGUUUAAGUAUAAAGGGUUGAUUAAGAGGUAACCAGCAUGUAAUUUGCUCAAUUUAAUCCAACCCAGUGCUGCACAUAGACAAACUUGUAAGUGUAAGAGUAUUGUUUUGAUAUAACACCAAAUUCCCUUACCUGAUUAACAAGGAAAUGUGUAGCCACAAGGAGGGAGAAUUUAGUGUCAGAUCUUAGAGAUAAAAGGACUGGUCUUAGACCAUCAUUACUCCUCCCUUUGCUGUUUUUAGACUUGAGUCAUACGGUCUCGUAGGGGUUUUGUGUAAAUGUUGGCUGUUAUUCAUCUCUGGAAAAUUGUUUCAAAGUCAAAUUUUUGAAUUGUUUGUCCAUUUUAUUUCCUGGAUGUGCUCUGACUCGUAUGACUUGGAUGACUUAUAAAACUUACCAGAUGAUUUCAACGUCAUCAGAUAUGAAACUAGCUAAAUAUACUAAAUGAAGAACAAGAGUAUUUGAAUUUUUGAAAAAUUAUUAUUUUCAUAAAACAUGUUAUAAGUUUAUAUUUAUAUAAUUUAAUGUUACAUACUUGAGAUUUUGAUAAGGAAUGAG